AUGACUAACAUAAAUUCAGCAGGUGAUUUACUACCCAAAGAUGUUCAAAUUAACAAUGGAAAAGUUACUAAGGCCAAGGGCAAAACCAAUAAUGAUACCAAGAACGCUACAAAAUCACAAAGAAAGAUAGCAUGCCAACAUUGUAGAAAGAUAAGGAGGAAAUGUGACAUGAUAAAUCCAUGUUCAAAUUGUAUCAAAUUUGAUACUACCUGUGUCUAUGCAGAAAAGGAUAUGAGGACAACAAGAUAUUCCAAUUCUUACGUUAAAGCAUUAGAAUGUCACAUUGCCCUAUUAGAAUCUUCUUUAAAGAAAAUAAAAUCAUCUUCAGAUGAUCAAGAAAAGACAAAAAUUUUAGAUUCUUUACCACUGGAUAACAUUAUAGGUGAAUCCUCCGUCGAGUACUCAAUGAGGCGGUCGUCAUCCGUAUCACUUUCUUCACCGGAUAGCUCGAUAAGUAAUGAUGAUUCCGAACCAACUGCUUCCAAGACUAGCAGUAUAUACCCAUCGAAUUCCUUAUCGAUAAGCAAGGCCAAAUCAUAUAAUGACCAUCGAUCUCAACUCCAACUUACACUAUCAAAUUUAUCACAAGAUCCGUUGAUUCUUCGAUCAUUUUCAUUAUUUUUCAAAUGGUUAUACCCAGGUCAUUUCAUGUUCAUUCACAGAGAAACAUUUCUAAGUGCAUUCUUUGGUGACAACAACACAAAGGAUUAUUAUUGUUCUGAAGAACUAAUAUACGCAAUCGCUGCAUUGGGCUCCAAGAUAUCGAACUCCAAGACUGAUUCAAAAUUAUUCUCCAAUUCAUUUUCAUAUUAUCAACAUUCCAAAAAAAUCGUCCUAGAGAAAAUAUUCCAUUUACAAAGGAAUAAUAACUUGGAUUCAUCUACUUCGUCAUCAAAAUUAGCCAUCAUUCAAACUUUAUUAUGUCUUUCCUUUUAUGAUAUUGGGAAUGGUGAAAAUCCAAUGGCUUGGUAUUUAUCAGGGUUAGCAUUUAGAAUUGCUCAUGAAAUUGGGUUACAUUUGAACCCAAAAGCAUGGACUCACGUAUAUGAAGAUGAAUUAACCAUGCUUGAUAUCAAAGUUAGAAGUAGAAUUUAUUGGGGUUGUUACAUUGCAGAUCAUUUAAUUUCAAUUCUCUUCGGUAGAUCCACAACGUUAAGAUUAUCAAAUUCUACCAUCCCAGAAACUGAUGAAUUGCCCAAUAUUGAAAAUGGUUUAGAAGAUUAUAUUUAUGAUCAAAAUGCUGUGUCCACUACCUCAAACCCUUUGAAAAAAUUGAUUGUAUUAUCAAGAAUUACUGAAGUGUUUGCAGGGAAAAUAUUUGUUCAAAGUGAAUCGUUUAGACAGAAAAGUGAAUUUCUUAAUCGAUUUAAUAAAGAAAUGAAAAAUUGGAGGAAAACUUUGCCUCUUGAUUUACGUUGGUCUUUAUCUAAUUUAAAGGAAAUGAAGCAAUUUAAUCCAUCUACGACUUAUAUUUGGUUACAUUAUUAUAUUGUCUUGAUAUCAUAUAACAAACCAUUCAUUGAUGAAAUUAGAGAAAGUAGAGAAUUAAUUGAACAAUAUAUUGAAGAGUUACAUUAUAUCUUGGAGAUUUGGCUGAUGAAUUUUAAAACUUUAGAAAAAUGUAAUAUUUACAUCGUUUAUUUGACACUUUUAUCCAUUCAAUGUAUGGUAAAUAGUAAAUUGAUUGAAAAUAAAUACUACACUCAAUUUCUCAAUUUCUUAAAGGACCCAACAUUAAACCAUGAUUUAGCUAAAAAAUUUAUUGAAAAUCUAUCCGUUAAUGAUGCAAAUACUACCAGUAAAUCCGGUAGUGAUGGUAUCAUUAGUAGUAGUAACAAUGAUAGUGUUGGAUAUGAAAGAGAAUCUUCAACUCUUCCAUUAACUCAAAUAAAUCAUAAUGCUAUGAAUGGCCACAGCGCUACUAAUGUCGGUAUGCAAUAUAAUAUGGCGUUCUCUAAUAAUCACAUGAGUAAUGAACCCAUUGUAGAACCAAUAGAUUUAUUAGGGUCUUUAUCUUAUGGUACUGAUUUCUCAUUAGAAUAUAACUUUGACUUUACAUUGUUGAAUGAGAUUGAUACUUUAAUUGGUGGUCCAAUGGACAAAGACAACUCGGUUUCUGGAAACAUAGCAUAA